UAGCCAAUGGCCUUGCAUUUAUACAUACGCUUCCAAGGUUCCGUUGACGGAGGCUGGUACGAAACUUUGGAUCCUCGUAAGUUAGCCUUGAAAAGAACCCCGCGAUUGAGCCAAAACAGUUCGUCUCACCGCGAAAUACAAGUUAUCGAGUACGGACAGCAAAAGAGGUAGUGAUGACCAAUCGAGCGUCUCAUUUCGUGUAUGCAUGGUACGUUCAUCUUUGCUGCUUACUUGAACAGACAGUUGGACUGAAGAACGUUAAUGCGAUAUCCACGUACGGAGGUCGUGGGACAGUAAAAGCUGGCUGCAGAGCAUCAUCGCAUACUUUUGUCUACAAUCAAGGUUCGCGACAUGUGUGCUUCGCAGGCGAACGCGAGAGAGGGAUGAUAAAGGAUCCAAUCAUGGUCGAUACAACAGAUCCUGACGGAAUGAACGAAUUUGCCUUCAGGAUACGCCUGCACAAUAUUUACUCGAUUGAAUGGAGCGUCAGAGUAAGAGAUAUUGAGGUGCUAACAGGUCGCGACAAGACGAAACCUCUGAGAUACUUCAGGGGAGAACAAUGUAAGCCCUUCAGGUCCGACAGCGAGGAUGAAGAUCCAUAGUUAUAGUAUCUUCAGUUGAUGGCACGCCUUUGAAAUUAUCGGUGUAGUUUCAACGUCAUGACAAUGACCUCGACGUGUGGAACAAAG